AAAAGCGAAGGCUUUAUGUUUCCUCUUGGGGACACAGCUCGAAUCUCACCUGCCGAACUGUCCACUUCACCACCGGAAAGCAACAAAGAAGGCAGUGCUAGGCGUAAAAUGGAUUCCCUCAGCACAGCAAACGUUGAAUUUUGCCUUGAUAUGUUUAAAGAGCUGACCAGUAACCACGUAGGAGAUAACAUCUUCUUCUCACCGCUGAGUCUGCUGUAUGCUCUAAGUAUGCUCCUCCUUGGUGCCAGGGGAAACAGUGCAAAGCAGAUGGAAAAGGUGCUUCACUUUAAUCAUAUUGCAGGAUCAUUAAAACCAGACUUCGUGGACUCAGCUAAGUGCAGCCAAGCUGGAAGGAUUCAUUCAGAGCUUGGAGUCUUAUUCUCUCUAAUCAACCAGCCAGACUCUAACCAUAGCCUCAGCAUCGCCAGCAGACUCUAUGCAACCAAGGCGAUGGCUGUCCGUCAGCAAUAUUUAAGCUGUUCUGAGAAACUGUAUGAAGCCAGGCUGCAAACUGUCGAUUUUGAACAGUCUACAGAAGAAACAAGGAAAGCAAUUAAUGCUUGGGUUGAAAGUAAAACUAAUGGAAAAGUCACAAACCUCUUUGGAAAGGGCACACUUGACCCGUCUUGUGUAAUGGUCCUGGUGAAUGCUGUAUAUUUCAAAGGACAAUGGCAAAAUAAAUUUCAGCAAAGAGAGACACUUAAAAGCCCUUUUCAGCUAUGUGAGGGUAAAAGUGUAAUGGUGGAAAUGAUGUGUCAAACUGGAACAUUUAAAUUAGCCUCCAUAAAGGAGCCACAGAUGCAAGUUCUUGAGCUGCCUUAUGUUAACAACAAACUAAGUAUGAUUAUUCUGCUUCCCAUAGGCACAGUUAGUCUAGAACAGAUAGAGAAGCAGCUCAACAUGAAGACGCUUUACAAGUGGACCAGCCCUUCCACCAUGACGGAAAGGGAAGUUCAAGUGCAUAUUCCCCGAUUCAAACUGGAAAUCAAGUACGAGCUGAAUUCUCUGCUAAAAUCCCUUGGGAUGACAGAUAUCUUCAACCAGGUCAAAGCCGAUCUUUCUGGAAUAUCACCAGCCAAGGGCCUGUAUUUAUCAAAGGUCAUUCACAAGUCAUACGUGGAGGUCAAUGAGGAGGGCACCGAGGCAGCAGCCGCCACCGGGGACAGCCUCGUUGUGAAAAGACUCCCGAUCCGAGCUCAGUUCAUGGCAAACCACCCCUUCCUGUUUUUCAUAAAGCACAUUCAGACCAACAUGAUUCUCUUCUGGGGCAAGCUUGCCUCUCCCUAAAACACGGUUGAGUAAGGCUCAGAGUCACAGAGGCGGUGCAGGGACAAACCUGUGACUAACAGCGGUUCAUCCCUUACACACCUCUUGUGCCUUGGUUUGAUCAUCUGCAAAAUGGGUCUGGAUCUCUCAGUCAUCCCGUGUGUUGGUGAGCCUUAAGAUUGUGGCGAUCCUAGAAGAAGGCACAUUACAAAGAAGCUUCUCUGGCUCCUGUCUUUGGUGCCUUAUUAAAGUGCUGUCUGAGUGAUGUGAUCAAGUCAAUCAGAACAAUUUUUAAGGCUUAGAUUUUUUGAUUUGUAUUUAUCAGUGAGUUCUUGGGUAAUUGGCCAGUCUAUCUUCAGACACCAAUUUAAGGGCUUCAGCUUUGGUUGGAUUUUUAAGUACAAUUUUCCUUGUAUAAGUAGAUAUAAAUUUUAGUUCAAAACUCUGUAUUGACUAUAAUAAAUAGGUGAAUGCCUUAAGUUCUUUGAAGAUUUUUCAUAUACUGCAGCAAAUAAAUGAGUUAUGAAGGGAGACUGAAUAAGAAGUCUAAUUCAAUGCACGUUGUAGUGGAAUUUCUCACCAAAU